UCAAAGGUUGUUGGUAUCAUAUCAGCAACAAAUGACGCGAAGGAUGUGGGCAAAGAGAAAAGUUUGGUAGAUGUCUACUUUGUUUCCCCAAACAGUAUGAAUGAGCAGCCAAAAGUUUCAAAGCGGAUUACGCGUGAACUGGAGAGAUAUUUAAACAGAGAGAGGGUUCAACAAAGAUUUGACCCAUCUGGGCAAGGACUAGCCAGGACACAUCCACUUGUGGUAAACUUGGAGUUAGCGUAUCUGAUUGCCAGCGAGGAUGAAAAGCGAAAAGAAAGAGAGAAGCGUGGAGCAGAAUCACCUCGAGAUGAGGGGAAGAAAAACAAAGAAAUUUUAUUGGAACAAGAUGCGAUGCCAAGGAUCAAGCCACUCCCAAAGAAAAAAAUUAGAGCUCAAGCAUCCGAGAUAGAGAGACUAGCCAUAACUGCUCAAUCUACUUUGAAAAGCAUUGAUGCAGACAAGAUAAGUACGGUCUAUCGCUUCAGACAACAAAUGAUUCCAUAUGAAGUUAGACAUCGGGGCAAAGUGAAGCAGGUCUCCACGAGUGUCCAUGCCAUGUUGAAUGCAGAAGAAGCAUGGAGGUAUAGGAAAGAAAAUGAUGAAAGAGAAAAAGUAAAGAAAUAUCGAGAGCAGCAGAAAGCCAAGGCAAAGGAGAAGGUUGCGCAGGAGGCUAAGGAGAGGGAAAUGGCAAAGCUACCACCAGGAAUCAGGAUGGAGAUAAAGCGCCAGCAGGAGAAGCAAAGUAAAACUGCUGUACUUGAAAAACUCCUUGAGCCUGAUCGAAGCAAAACAAGUUCACCUCGGUGCAGCGCUCCCAUAGAAUCUGAGGAUGGCUUUGCUGAUUCAGAGGAAAGCCUGUACGAGGACGAUUUUGAAGAGGAGGAAGAGGAUGCAGAUGAUGAUAGGGUAGAUUGCUCCUCUGGGAAGGAACUUGAGAUGGUCGAUAGAGAUGACAUGACGAGUGAAGAUACUAUCAGUAGGAAAACAGAUGGCACUGAAGAUGAAGCCCCCAUUGCUGCUGUCACUACGGCCAAUGAUGCAGGAAGUGUUUCCUCAUUUCCAUCUACUACCUUGACCUCGGCCACCUCUAGACCUCAGAGCAAAAGAUCAACCCACCAGGAUCAAGAAGCAGCCGAAGCAUAUGAGGAUGACAGCUUUGAGAGCGAUAACGGCGAUGCGGAUGAUCAGAGCGUGUUCAUGACAGAUGUCAACCCAGGCAGUAUUACUGGGAGUAGAAACAGUUCAAGAGCUCCAUCACCUACAAAGUCAUCAGGCAGGCUGCAAAAGGAGGACAUUACUGUCACUGAAGAGAAAAGCACCUCAGAAUCAAGCUUGAAGCAUGGUCACGAAGACCAGGUCGGAGAUCACAGAGGCAAUAACCCUGGGUCAGGAGACGUGAAGCGGUUGGCCAACCAGCUCGCUCGAGCUGUUGUUAGGAAUACGGCUGAAGAGGAAGGGGUGUCCUACUCAUCCAUGUCUUCAAUCCAGAGUGAUAGGUCAAAGGUCAAAGCAGCAGAUGUUGAACAGGCUGAAGAUGAAAAAAGAAAUAGGCAGAUGACCCAAGAGUACACCAGAACGGAGAGCGUUGUCUCGCUGAGUGAUAGAGUGAAGAUGGAUCUGGAGAAGCAAAGAGAUACUUGAAAGAUAUUCAAGGUCACACUGGGUUGAAGAUACUUAGUCAACCCUUUGAGUGAUGGUUUUUAUGGAUAUCUGGGCACAGUGACACAAAGGUUAGCGAUUGCAUCCGUAGACUGAGGAACCAGUCACAAUUGUUCCUUCAAAUAAGCGAUUUAUCGUUAUCCUUUGUGUUAAAAGGGCCCUGAGCAACAAAGAGCUAAAGAUGUUGAUUUUGUUACAAAUAUUAUUAUAUAGGCUGAACAUUUUGUCGAAGAUUAAAAAGCUCAAGUUCAAAACUGGUUGCUGGGUAUAUAUAUGUCUCUAAUAGAUUGUAAUCAGUUGACUAGUAGAUUUUUUAGUUACUAUAGGCUGAACAAAUUGUGCGAGAUUCAAAUCCUGAUUUGCAAUCUUCACUGGACAUCUCUGUUUUUCUGAUUGACCAGUAGAUUUUCUUAUUUUCCCAUUGGCUGAACAAUUCCGAAGGUUCUUUAUUCUGAAGGUUUGUAAUUCCGAAACACGUAAAUUGCCUAUACCUCGAUGUUCGUUUAUCCGAAAAUGUAAAAGGGUUCGUUAAUCCGAAAACGAAAUAAGGUUCGUUAGUCCGAAAACGAAAUAAGGUUCGUUAAUCAUUUCGUUUUUGGACUAACGAACCUUCGGAAUUUCGAACCUCAUUUCGUUUUCGGAUGAACGAACCUUCGGAAUUACGAACCUCACUUCGUUUUCGGACAAACGAACCUUCGGAAUUACGAACCUUCGGAAAUACGAACCUUCGGAACAACGAACCUUCGGAAUAUCCAAACCUUCAGAAUAACGAAGCUUCGGAAUUACGAAUGUAUGCAAUUAUUUUUAACUUAUUACCAAUUUUCUUAGGAGAUUGCUAUUCACAUAUGCUGAACGAAUUGCCCAAUAUUCUGAACUGUUUAACUUUUAUUGAUAUGAAUCUCAACCUCUAAAUUCACUGAAGCUUUCAUGUCCAGAUAUUAUUACUAUUGUACUUUUAUAAUGGGGUCAUAUUUUACGUUAGAUAUUUGGCUGAAUCUGUACUAUAGGCAAAUUUAAAUCUUUUAACCAUGGCCAAAAUACAUGUAUGACAGGGUAAUAGUUAUUUAUUUUUAUAUGAAAAUGUUUUUUUUAAAGGCACUCUCUAAUGCAUAUAAUCAUUGCAUUGGAUAUUGAUACUGAGUGGUGUUUGUGUUUUUUGUGUGUUAGGUUGAAGAUAAAGUAUAGGAGUGUAGCCCAGUCUUUUUUUAUAACUUGCCAAUUAUCACUAUUUUGUCUUUUUCACUCAAACUUUUUACUGUAGCCAUGUUUUAACUAGGCAUUGUAAGACCAAGUUACUUGGAGGGCAGGUAAAUUUUACAUCCCGGCCCCUAAGAUGUGGCCCGUGAAAGGUCCAAUUGACACAAAAAUUGUUUCAGACAAUCAUGCUUGAUUUUUUCACUAAACAAAGUUAAUUUGUAUUUCAUUUCCAUGAAAUAAAGCAUGCAUUUCUACCUAUAUUAUUUCUCAGAUUAGGUGUUUUGAAUGCAAAUCUAUUGUAAAAGCCUGAGGGAACACAUUCCCAACAUUAUCGUUCAUGGAAAGGUCAAUCUUGAGAUUAUCCUUGUACUCUUGGAUGUGUUAUCUUCUUUUUAAAGUCAUUAGUUUUUAUUCUAUAUAUUAUAUUGCUUUUAUGUGUAUUCCAGAUUUUAAUUUCAAUUAAGUUCAAAAGAGAAAAUUUCAUUUAAAAUAUUUAAAAGUUUUGCUAAAUUAAUUAUAACAUUUUAACAAAUCCAUUCGUCUGUACUGAAAAAAUGAUGUUGUUUUUUAUUUAAAGCCAAAUAUGUGAUUAUUUUACAUGUUUCAUAACAGGGUUUUUUUUUAAUCAGAGUUGAUGAGUACUAAAGCAAAAUAUGCUUUAGAAUAGUGAUGUAAAUUGACCUCAUCAGAUUUUCCUCAAAAUGUAUCACAUCCUGAGAAAAAAUUCAGAAUAUACAUUUAUAAUAUACUAUAUGAAUAUUUACAUUUUAUGGUAAUUUAGAAAAUCAUGUGUCUACUUGCUAUGUGUUCUUCAGAUAAAUAUGUUUGUAUUAUAUACAUUUAAUUAAUAUAAUGUAAAUAUGUAUGAUUAAUAAAAGUUUUUAUAUUAGUAGUAGAUUGUGACAAAAUAUGAACGGAAUUUGUCAAUGUAGUAACUUUUAACAUACUACAUGUAGCUGCAAUUUAAUGGAUAAAUAAAAUUGCUUCCAAGUGUUUUUCCAUUUGCUUACACUAGCCUUAAAAGUAAUCAGGGAUUUUAAGUAUUUUUAUACACAAACCUCAUAUUUUAUAAAUUACAUACUUGCAUUUUUCUCACUAUUUUGUAAAGAUAAAUCGUUUUAAGUUCAAGUAAAACUUGAACUUAGAUUAUUCAUUGUCACAUAUAAUUUUUAAAAUCUGUGAGUCUUGAUAAAAAAUAAAUUACUUGCAUGAUA